CGUGAAUGCAGAAGAGGCGCAAAGUGUAAAAGUGUGAAGACUGAGAAACAUACUGUAGAUGGAAUUCAACAUGACAAUGAAGAUGAAGAGACUGUCCCUUCAAAUUGUCCUGAUCUGCAUUGUCCUCCAGCUUCAAAGUUGCUCCUCAUGCAUCAUCACUGGCCCUGCGGCUUACUGUGCCUUUCAAAACCUCCGCUCGGUCCCUGCCCUCCCUCCUCACAUUACACACUUGUUUCUGGAGAUGAACCAAAUCCACGAAAUCACAGCCACUUCUUUGUCCCACCUCCCCAUGCUACAGCAACUGGACUUAGGAUAUCAACGUGUUCCACUCACAAUCCGCAACAACGCAUUCAGCAAACAGACAAACCUGACCAGACUUGUGCUUGGAUUUAAUAGGAAUCUGCAGUUAGAGCCGAAUGCGUUUGUGGGACUAUCCAACUUAAAAUUUUUAUAUUUAUACCACUGCAAUUUGAAUGAAACUAUACUCAACAGCAGCAUUUUGGAACCACUCGCAUCUCUGGAGACUCUUGACCUAUUUGGAAACAACAUUAAGAGACUACAACCUGCAAUGCAUUUUACUAACAUGACUGGUUUGAAAGAUUUAAAUCUUAAAUUGAAUUCCCUUGAUCAGAUUUGUGAAGCAGAUGUUGUUGGAUUUAAGGGCAAAAACUUCAGGCAUGUGAAUCUGAACCAUGUGAAGCUUGGGGCAAUGUCAAGUGAAGCUUUUAACUGGGAAAAAUGUGGAAACCCAUUUAAAAAUAUGUCAUUUGAGUUCAUUGACUUUUCAAGCAACAGUUUGAAUUUGUCCAGUUUAAAGAGGUUUUUCAAAGCAAUACAAGGGACAAAAAUCACCCAGCUUAAUCUUGCUGGACAUUAUGGUAAAGGGUUUUCAUUCAACAAUUUACCAGAUCCAGACAACACAACAUUUGAAGGCCUAAGGGAAAGUCACCUGCAACAUUUGAAAAUAUCUAGAAAUAAGAUUUUUGCAUUAAAACAUGGCGUCUUUACCCAUUUCAAAGACGUCCAAGUCAUUGAUAUAUCACAAAAUAGUGUAAACCGGAUUGAUAUAAGUGCAUUUGAUGGUCUUCAGACAAAUUUACAGACCUUAAACUUGUCACACAAUCUCCUUGGUGAGAUCUACUCUUAUACUUUUGCUCCUUUGACCAAUUUGCGAGUGCUAGACUUGUCCCACAACCACAUUGGGGUACUUGGGUAUAACUCAUUCAAUGGGCUUACAAAUUUACAGGCACUGCUCCUAACAGGAAAUGCCAUUACAAAUUUAGGACUCCCUGCUUCUUUACCAAAAUUGCAAAUACUGAAAUUGGAUGAUAAUAAAUUAAAAUCCGUCUAUAAUAUUGCACAUUUUGCCAGCUCUGCUACCAAGUACUUAGAUGUUUCAAAUAACAGACUGACAAAUUUGGGAGAUGUGUAUAUGUUUUUAAGUAAAUUUAAAAACCUCCAGUAUCUUAUCUUUAACUAUAAUCCAGUUGAAACGUGCAGAGUUGAUUCUCGUAUAACAACAAGUCAAUUAAAAACGUUGUAUCUUGAUCACAUCUCGCUACAGUCUGUUUGGUCAAAGGGAAAAUGUUUGGAUUUAUUUGACCAUCUUGGACAAUUACAGUUCCUCAGCUUUACUUACAAUGGGAUCAGGACAUUACCUUUGAGUAUUUUCAAGGGCCUUAAAUCCAUCCAGCAAAUUGACCUAUCAUCAAAUGCCUUGACCCAUAUUCAAGACAAUGUCUUCCCUCCAAAUCUACAAAAGCUAAAUCUUGCUAACAACUUCAUAGCUGAGCCCCAACCCCAAAUAUUCAACUCACUGCAGUGUGUUGAUUUGAGAAUGAACCGGUUUCACUGUGGUCCAGGACUAAAGGACUUUGUGACCUGGAUCCAAGAGACCAAUGUGACUCUGAAAGGCCCCAUAGACCAGUUAACAUGUGAGUUCCCAUCAAGUUUGCAUGGUGUUUCUCUGGUAAAUGCUUAUGGUGCUAAGGUUGGAACACAGUGAAAGUGUCAGAUGUGGUUUACCUUCUAGUAUAUUACAACUGUAUAUUAUAUCUACUUUAUAUUAUGUACAUUAACUACAACUGAUGCUAUUAUGUUUCAUGGUAUGGAGUUUUUACUUCUAAAAUGUUAACCUGUAAUCUAAAAAACUGUUUUUUUUUUAUGUUUUUAAAUGUUUUUUAAAUGUUACAUGUAAGCUUGUGUUGAACUUAAAACAAUGAGACUGAAAAGGCUAUUGCAAAUAAAGCUAAUCUGAUAGUAAAAUAAUCAACAACAAUCCCGUAUUAGUUAUGUACACAGUUUUAAUUCUAAACUGUUGACUUUGAUAACUGAGAAUCUAAACAAUUUAACCUAAAAUAACCCAUUUGUAAUUGUAAGAAAAUACCAGCAGAGAGCGCUAUUUCACAACAUCUAACAAGCCAUAUGGUCACACAUGCUCUAACAGUGGAGGACUAGUGAAAUAACCGUUGAAAUUCCCAUGAAUCAGAUUUUUGGGGGUGGGUCCGUGAAGCCAAGAACACUUAAAAAAAAAAUUUCCCCGUUUUUUUCUUUUAACACCAGGAGGCAAUAUAUAUGUCUAUUGGGACGCUGUACACCGUCCUUAUCUACUACAUUUUGGUGGAAAUCUGUGUGUUGAUAUGAUGAUGCGCAUUCAAAGACAAUAGACCUAAAAAUACACGACCUUCUUAUUUUGAAAUGUUACAUAUUUGUCUAUUAUUGGACUAUUAUCGCUUCCUUGAGUCUGUCUGGGAGAGUUGUGUCCUCGGAGGAAAAAAAUCAAACGCCAAUCUUGAGUCAUGGAUCCCAUUGAUUUGCAUGUGACAGCAGGUGCCAGAGAUGCUGUUGUUACUGGCCUGUUUCGUCACAUUACAAACCACUACAGACACAGGAAAACCCCCACUCAUCCCAGCAUCACCAGUCCUCCCCCCUCUACUCCAGGUCGUCAUGGAAACACAGUCCUCAGCUUCCUCUGAUUGCCAUGGCAUUUUGGCGUCACUUUCUGGAUUCCUGCAUCUUUACAUCCCUCCCCCAGCCUCUCACCUCAAUAGUUUCGCAAUAUAUUUUACAAACAGUGAUGCUAUUGACAUUUAUUACAAAAACACAAGAAUAAUACUGUCGUUGAAGCAGUAGAAAUGAGGAAUUCUAACAUGAAAAAUAAAUGAAG